AUGCCUGCCGACCGCCUGGACACGAUACUCUGCGUCGGAGACUCUCUGACGGAGCUGUCGUGGGAUGAGAAGGGUCUCGGAGCGUCGCUCGCUCACCUGUACCAGCGAAAGCUAGACGUCAUGAACCGUGGUCUGUCAGGCUACAACACGGACUGGGCGCUGGCAUGCCUGAAGAAGUGGCUCCCCCUGAAAGACUCAGAUGCGCCCAAGACGCAGAUUAUGACGAUCUGGUUCGGCGCAAACGACGCCACGCUCGAAGGCGAGCUCCAGCACGUCCCCCUCCCCCGCUUCCGCGACAACCUGCGCCAAAUUGUCUCGCUCGUGCGCGACCCUUCCUCUCCUCACUACUCGCCUGAGACCUCCGUCAUUCUCAUCACUCCUCCGCCCUUCCACCCCGAGUCGUGGCUCGAUGAGCGGGAGCGGCGCGAGCUUCCUCGAGUUUACGACCGCGACCCGGAAAACACGAAGCGCUACGCCGAGGAAGUCAAGAGUCUCGGGCAGGAGCUGGGCGUUCCGGUGGUCGACGCAUGGUCUGCAGUAAUGCGCGAGGCCUCGAAGCCCGAAGUCGGGCUCGGGAAGCUCUCGAGCUUCUUCACAGACGGCUUGCACCUGAACGCUCAGAGCUACGCGUACAUCGUCGAGGAGCUCAAGAACGUGAUUGCCAAGAACUAUCCGGAGAAGCACUGGGAGAAGCUGCCGAUGCUCUACCCAUAUUGGCGCGAUGUUCCUGCCGGGGCUCUCGGUCCCGAGUUUGACCAGACGCAGAAGGCCGUGGCGGAGACAGCAGCAAAGGGAACCGACCCGUUCUAG